AUGUCAGCAAAGCCCGUCUCCUUCGACUCACACCCGCCUCACGGCCACCCUGAAAACCAGGGCCCCAGCACCCAGAACGUCGACCGCGCAUCCACUGCCUCGCAUCCUCCCUCGACCAAGCCCGACCCCACCACUACGGCACCUCACCCCAAGUUGAACCCCCAUGGCGCCAAAGGAAGCGAGCCCUCCUCCUCUUCCUCCGGUUCCGCCGAACUCUCCGAUCUUAAAGUAAGACUGAGAAAUGCUCUGCGACAAUACCCCGACUUCCCCUCCAAGGGCAUUCUCUUCGAGGACAUUAUGCCCAUCUUCUCCUCGCCAAAGCUCCACGCAGACCUCGUCAAGGCCCUCGAGCUCGAGGUUCGCGCAAAGUUCGACAAGACCCCCGACGUCAUUGUCGGUCUCGAGUCGCGCGGUUUCUUGUUUGGUCCUUCGCUUGCUCUUCGUCUUGAUGCUGGUUUCGUUCCUGUCAGAAAGCAGGGCAAGCUUCCCGGCAAGCUCGAGACUGAGGGCUACGAGAAGGAGUACGGCACCGACUUCUUCCAGAUCCAGAGCGACGCUAUCGCCAAGGGCCAGACUGUCCUUGUAGUCGACGACAUCAUGGCCACUGGUAUGUUCUUCUGUCAAACUUUACACAUUGAUCAAAAGCUAACACGAUUGCAGNGUGGUUCCGCAAUGGCUGCUGGAAAUCUCGUCAAGAAGAUUGGUGGUGACAUCAUGGGCUACCUCUUCCUCAUGGAGCUCGAGUUCUUGCACGGAAGAGACAAACUCAACGCUCCCGUCGUUACUCUGCUCAGCGGUCAGGACGCCGAGAGCCGCGAGAAGGAGCUUCCUCUUGGCCAGACUAAGGAGUCUGCCGAGGAUGUCAAGAGCGUACAAGACGCUGGCGGUGCUGCUGCCAGCAAGCAGCCAUAG